UCCAACAAGAUGGCGGCCGUUCCAGAGAACAGAGUGCUUUCGUACAGUGUUUUUAAAUGGAGUUCUUACUCCUCCACAUACCUACCAGAGAAUAUUUUGGUGGACAAACCAAAUGACCAGUCUUCAAGGUGGUCAUCUGAGAGCAACUACCCACCACAGUACUUAAUUUUAAAAAUGGAAAGGCCGGCGAUUGUGCAGAGCAUCACAUUUGGGAAGUAUGAAAAAACUCACGUGUGCAACCUCAAAAAAUUCAAGGUUUUCGGCGGAAUGAGUGAAGAAAACAUGACAGAACUGUUGUCCAGCGGCCUUAAGAAUGAUUACAACAAGGAGACCUUCACGCUGAAACACAAGAUCGAUGAGCAGAUGUUCCCCUGCAGAUUUGUCAAGAUAGUGCCUCUGAUGUCAUGGGGCCCCAGCUUCAACUUCAGCAUCUGGUACAUGGAGCUGCACGGCAUCGACGAGCCAGAUGUGGUGCAGCCCUGCCUUAACUGGUACAGCAAGUACCGCGAACAGGAAGCCAUCCGUCUGUGCCUGAAGCACUUCCGGCAACACAACUACACGGAGGCCUUCGAGUCCCUGCAGAAGAAGACGCGCAUAGCGCUGGAGCACCCCAUGCUCACUGACCUGCACGACAAGCUGGUGCUGAAGGGCGACUUCGACGCCUGCGAGGAGCUCAUCGACAAGGCUGUGAGAGAUGGUUUGUUUAACCACUAUAUCAGCCAGCAGGAAUACAAGCCAAGAUGGAGUCAGAUUAUUCCCAAAAGCAGCAAAGGCGACGGGGACGACAGCAGGCCUGGAAUGAGAGGAGGCCAUCAGAUGGUGAUAGAUGUGCAGACAGAAACGGUGUACUUGUUUGGCGGCUGGGAUGGCACUCAAGACCUGGCAGAUUUCUGGGCCUACAGCGUGCAGGAGAACCAGUGGGUCUGCAUCUCCAGAGACACAGAGAAGGAGAGCGGCCCCAGCGCGCGCUCCUGCCACAAGAUGUGCAUCGACUCCCAGAGGAGGCAGAUCUACACGCUGGGACGCUACCUGGACUCGUCCGUUCGCAACAGCAAGUCCCUGAAGAGCGACUUCUACCGCUACGACAUCGACGCCAACACCUGGACCCUGCUGAGCGAGGACACGUCUGCCGACGGGGGCCCCAAGCUGGUGUUCGACCACCAGAUGUGCAUGGACUCGGAGAAGCACAUGAUCUACACGUUCGGCGGGCGGAUCCUCACCUGUAACGGGAGCGUGGAGGACAGCCGCACCUCAGACCCGCAGUUCAGCGGCCUGUACGCCUACCACUGCCAGGCCGCUGCCUGGAGGCUGCUGCGGGAGGACUCCUGCAACGCUGGGCCAGAGGACGUGCAGUCCCGCAUCGGACACUGCAUGCUGUUCCACACGAGGAACCGAUGCCUGUACGUGUUUGGCGGUCAGCGGUCCAAGACCUAUCUGAACGAUUUCUUCAGCUAUGACGUGGACGGCGACCACGUGGAGAUAAUUUCGGACGGAACCAAGAAGGACUCCGGCAUGGUGCCCAUGACGGGCUUCACGCAGCGAGCCACCAUCGACCCCGAGCUGAACGAGAUCCACGUCCUCUCCGGCCUCAGCAAAGACAAGGACAAGAGGGAGGAGAACGUGCGCAACUCCUUCUGGAUCUACGACAUUGCCCGCAACAGCUGGUCGUGUGUGUAUAAGAACGACCAGGCCGUGAAGGAGAACCCCUCUAAGGCAGUUCAGGAGGAGGAGCCCUGUCCCCGGUUCGCCCACCAGCUGGUGUAUGAUGAGAUGCACAAGGUGCAUUACCUGUUUGGGGGAAACCCAGGGAAAUCCUGCUCUCCAAAGAUGCGCCUGGAUGACUUCUGGUCCCUGAAGCUGUGUCGGCCCUCCAAGGAGUACUUGCUCCGCCACUGCAGAUACCUCAUCCGGAAGUACAGGUUUGAAGAGAAAGCCCUGACAGAACCUCUCAGUGCUCUACGAUACCUGCAGAACGACCUUUCUCUCACAGUGGACCACUCCGACCCCGACGAGACUAAAGAGUUCCAGCUCCUGCCCUCGGCGCUGUUUAAGUCAUCCUCUGACUUCAUCCCUCUGGGGUUUUCCGACGUGGAUCAGACGUACGCCCAGCGGACGCAACUCUUCGACACGCUGGUCAACUUCUUCCCCGACAGUAUGACCCCACCGAAGGGUAACCUGGUAGAUCUCAUCACCCUGUAGCUACAGCGCCCCCCUCACCUCCCCCACCCCCCCCACCGGGAUCACACCUCACCCCCCUCCACCUACAGGGACAGACGGCACCUUUUAAGACUCAUUUCAGAGGAACUACAACUAUUUUUCUAAGCGCUAGUUCGGGAGUGCUGGCUUACUGUGUGUCCAUUCUACCCUCAGUAGGUCGAUCAGAACGUCAAAGUAAGGCCUUGACUGGGGAGCUUCAUUGUUGGGGUGUAAAAAAAAACAACAACAAAAAAGACAAAAAAACAAAAGCAUAUUAGCGAGUGUACUUUUCUGAGUAGAAAUAUGCUUGGGUUGUGUACAUUUGUUCAUUUGUUUUAUAGGUGCAUUUUUUCUAUGGUUGAUGAGGAAUAAAUUGAUACAUCAGUGCAAACGAACGCCAAACUAUUUUUUAUGUUUUGUUGGUGAGUUUAAAGACGGUCGUGAUGACGCCCUGUUCGCCGCGUUGCGUUCCCUCAGUAUCUGGGGCUACGCACUGGAGUUUGACGAUCUUUCAGUUUCGAUUUUUCCACUGGCGCACAAUCGCACAUGCACUCGCAUACAAUCUGGUGUGUGUACAUUUUGUGUGACGUUAUGAUUUCUAUUUAUUUUUUUGCCAGCAUCCUUAAUAUUAUGUGAUUUAAAAAUCCCAACACUUGCUUCAGUGUUUCUUGAAAAUCAAGAAUUAUGUAAAUUUGUUAUUUUUUUGCUUGCAAAUGUCAGCCCUGAAUAUACAUUAUAAUAGGCCUUGAUUUCCGAGUCAUUUUUGCUGUCCUGUUUCGCAGUCCAUUCUAAAGUAGUCUUGAGAGGACAUUAGUGGCCAACUCAUUGUCUCUGUGGUAUACGUAAUGAAAUGAAUGCUCGUAUUUCAUCAACCUGCCUUUUAGCUGUGAGGAGCCGCUCCCAGCCUGGCCAACUGGAGAAAGGGUGGGGUGCGGCACAUAUCUUGAUGCAGAAGAACACUACCUUCGCUUUUCCGGAAGAUUCUGCUUGACCACAUCGGAAUGAAAGAAAAUCACGAUACCACGUACCCCCCCCACCCCCACCCCCCUUCCUCAGGGGGCUCUGAAGGGAAGCGAUAAGGUUGCUAUAGCUACCUGUCAGGCCCACGAACGUUUCCGGAGCGCGGCUAGCGUUGUCCCGCGGGAAUUAGCCGAGAUCGGCGGCGUGCGUUUACAGCUGGUGAAUCUACGGGCAAAAUCUCGGAGGCGGUCCGAAGCCUUCGGCUCUUUGCACGCGUGUGCUGCUGUUCAUGAUGAGGUAGCGAUGAUGUCAACCCGGUUCUGUUGAGUAUAAUGACUGCUCGUGUUUAGAGAGAGAGAGCGAGAAAGAUAGAGGAGCUCCCUUCAGAGACCGUGUGGGAGUUGGCUGCCUCCUUUACGUACAGCGUUCUCUGAUCUUGUGUUUCUGUGCAUUUGACUAUUUCUCGCCCUGUAGUGGAGGACGGAAUGGGUGUAUAAGCUCCAUUCUCGCAGUUCUGCUUUUUACUCUGCCACAAAAUGGUGUCCUCUCAUAGGGUGUGAUUCACCAGAGGCGAUUCUGAUAAUAAGCCCAUCUCAGUUAAUGUAACUUAAAUAAUUCAGUCUGCGAACUGCUGUGUGUCCAUGGCAACGGUGAUUUGGCUCCUGUGUUUGCUGUAGUGGGAAGGUGUCGGUAAUGAUGAUGGCCUCAUAGUGACCGAUUAUGUCAUUCGUAAUGGGACCCCAGGACUAGACCCGAGGAAUGAUGGGAAAUGUGGUUCAUUUGUUCUGUGGAUUCAUCAGAGGUUUUCCUCAGACUCGCUCAUAGGUGCAUACCAAAACCUAGGUUAAAUGCCUAGUGCUGAAUUUAGAUUAGACUGACUGGUGGGACUUGUAGUGUGUUGAUGAAUUAGUGAACAGCUUGAAUAGAGUUGCUUUCAAAGUUAAAUUAAGGUGAAUUAAGUGGUUUUGUUCUGGGUGCUGCAUAUAUUUGUGAGUUAACUUUCCAUUUAUAAAUUACCUAAAGAUUAUAAAACAUUCUACACUCAUUCUUAAGCUUAAUAAAUUAUAGUAAUAUUAGACUUGGAACCAUAAUUGUAUUGUUGUAACUGCAGUGCAUUUCUGGCACGGUGAAAAAAAAGAAUAAGCUCAGUAGCUCAUAUCGCAUUAUAAUGAUAUGUGGCUCUCGUUAUGACCAGAAACUUUAUCUCAAUACAGCCACAAAACAUAGCAUUUUGAAAAUUAUAUCCAGAAUGAAUUCACUGAAGGCCAACAACUCUGAGAAUGUCUUGUGUGCAUGACUUAAUAAGGUUUUACUUUUGCCUCCCUAGAGACAUGUAGAGAGUCUACUGUCCUUGGGCACUUUAGAUUGUAUUGUGAUUAGCAUGUAUGCACUAAGAAGUAUUCUGAAAUGUUUGUGGCUGCACAGAAGGUUCAGUCUGACACUCUGCGUUAAUGGCCUUCACUAAACAAAUCCUGCAUAGCAUUUUCAAUAGGCUCUGUGUAUUGAUAGCAGUAGCUAUCAUAAUUAAUAUUGAAAUGUGGAGAAUAGUUCCAGUAAUUCCAGGAGCUGUAAGCUCAUGAUGUCAAUACAUUUUCUUUUGAUGGGUAAUGAACUUAUCGCCCUCUCUUCAAAACACCAUUUUCUCACUAUAACAAGUGAAAUAUUUUUUUCAAUGCAGUAGCAAGGCUCUGCUGUGUGACACAUUAUGUAUAGGUGUGUGUGUGUGUGUGUGUGUGUGUGUGUGUGUGUGUGUGUGUGUGUGUGUGUGUGCCCUCUUUCCGAUGUCAUGCAAUCCAACACACAGGUUUGGUACUGGUGAUCCCCUAAUUAGGUUAACCUUGGAUUGGUUUGUGAAUCUGUACAACAUUGUAGUGUUUUAUGAAAGAUGAAUGUGACCAUACACUUGUUUCUAAUUGAGCAGGAAUGUUAUGUGCGUAUUCAAUGCAAAUUACCACUUAUAGAAAAUGGUACCCUGACAAGAAUAACUAUUUAUGCACCAGAAGAAACAACGAUAUGCAAAAUAUUUACUCACAAUCAGUCAGAUAAUUUGUAUAGGUAAACUUGGCAUCUCCCUGAUGUUCACUCUGAUGUUGAGCUUAAAGAAAGACUCAAACUAAAGAUGGCCACUGAUCUGGGCUGAAAACAGCUACCUCUCACUCAUUGCUUUGUUCCGUACAUAAUAACAUAAUUCAGGACUUUGUUCAUCUUAUGCAAAAGCAAAUGGCAGAGAAGUGCCGCCUGUCCGUUCAUAAAGCAGAUCCAUAUUCGCAUACUUCACAAAAAAAUCUGUCUUAACAGACACAAGCACUGCAUGGGCAGUUCAUUUCUGAAAGAUAUUUCUUAUUUAUUUAUGAAAUGUUUUAUCGCAAAGCCAGCCACCAACUGGUGCGAUAAGCUAUUCUGAUCUUCGACAGGAAGUGUGCAUCCUGAGAGUUGGAACAGAGCUUUUGAAUGUAGACCGGCUUCAGUUUGGGAUUCGUCAUUCAAAAAUCAUGUGAAAUUCUAUGUUAAACCGGCCAAAUGAAACCAUAUUCACCAUUCAUUCUGUGAAGACACAGCACAGGAAAGAGCCGUUCUCAUUAGCACCUGUUGUUAGGGGAAACAAAUGUAUGUUUGUUUAUGCUGAGCAGCAGAAUAUGCAGCCACGUAGAGUUAGCAACUGUGGAUAAUGUGCGUGUGUGCGUGCAUGCGGGCGUGUGUGUGUGUGUGCGCGCAGUGCAUCUGUACCCUUGUUCCUGUGUACUAUAUAUGGACAUGUGUUUUGCACUCAUAAGUCUAGGAGCAUCAGGGUAUUUUUGGUCCUUCUCUUUAAAAAUAUACUGCCUUUUAUUCAUCGAGUAUAGGUGACCACAAAUUGCCUGCAUUUUCUAUCCAGUUAACUAAAUGCUUAGUGGUAUUUAACAUAUGAUAUUGUAUCUUCCAUUUGAUUUAUUAGCUUGAAAAUUAGGGCCUGCCUUUGCAGUACACGCAGAAAGUGUCCAUUCCAGAUGUUAAUUCUUUAAGUGCCAUUUGUCACUGGCAACACUGAUAGAUUCAAUUAUCCAUAAUAAGACGAGGGGUCUUGUAAUGGCACAAUCUCGUUUUUCAGGUUGCCUUUCCAAUUUCUGUUCUUUUUUGCUUGUGGUUGGGAAUGAAGAGAACGUACAUUUAGUGACUAUGGAAUGUGGUCUUAGUUUUAAUUGGGAACUUGCAGGCUGGUACCAUCUGUAAUUGACUGCCACGUGACUAAGGAAUGAGCACAGUGUGUAGAAAUUAAGCGUACAGAGGACAAGGAUGCGGUUGUGUUUGGUCCCUGGUUGGAGACGUACCCCCCCUGGUCACACUGGACAUCUGGGGUGGGGGGGGUCAGUGGGUGGGGGGUUUUCAUUGGGCAGUAGGUACAGCUCACUAACAGUCACUGGGCAUCGCCAAGAUCAAAAUAUUUCAUCAUUUUUAACCUCUUAAAGUCCUUAGCGGGGUUAAGAUAGCCGGAGGAGUCUGCUUUGUGGAGCAGCCCUGUUCCCCUCCCAUCUUACAUCGUUUUAUUCUUUCUCUUUGCAUAUCGUCCUGGAUGUGUGUGGGUGUCUAAACUACCUUCUGAAGAGAUACACAGUGUGUGUGUGUGUGUGUGUGUGUGUAUGUGGCUAUGGUAAAGCUGUUGGUCUGUGUAUUGUGUAUUGAAGUUGGUGCCGGCUGUGGCCUGGCAUAAGGUUAAAAGGAACAUGCGUAUUGCUUCUUGUAGCCGACUUCUACCUAAACUUAAACCCACUGAAAACAGUCCAUUAGAAAUAGCGAAGAGACCAAAGCGGAGCAAAAACUAAAGCGAGAAGUUGGUAAAAAAUAAAAAAUAAUAAUAAAUAAAUAAACUUUGGCGGUCUCUUGGCCAAUUUGGAUUUUCCCCUGAGUGUUACAUGCCAUUUCUAAUCACUGGAUUUCAGCAGCUGUUCUACUGCAGUCUCGCCAGAAUUGUACUCUGUUGGUUUUGCACAUUAGUUGAGUUUGUCGUUAGAUGAGAUGAUCAGUGUGACUCAGGGUAAAACUAUUUAUCAUGCUGGAAACAAUAGCUGACAUGAAGGUUGGGGGAGAGAAAAAAUAAAAAUAAAUUAAAAAAAAUUCAUUUUGCGGUCAGUGCUUCAUGUGAAUCAUAAAUUGUAAAUUAGCAAUCGAUAAGCUCCUGUUUUCCCACAGCUAAUCUUGUAAUCUGUGUCCGUCUUUCGCUGAAAUGUACAGACGUCUUUGCCUAUUAAACAUACGUGUUCAUAUAUUUAAAGGACUUGAAAUGCAUUUCCUGUACUGACACAGGAAUAUUUUGACACUCUUAUUGAUUUCAUAACACAGUUGAACGAUCUGCGAGUAUUAGUCCUCUCGUUUUGUGCAUCUCCGUCUGCCUUGUUUGGCUAAGUUUCUUGGCCCCCUAGUGGCCUCAGGAAUACAUUACAUUGACCAUGAAAUAAGAUGGGCCUGUGUAAGUAAAGUGGCAUUGGUUUUCUUUUGGAGAGCCCCCUCUUAGGCCAGGAAAGGGGGGGGGGGGGGGGGGGGGGGUUCUGCCAGAAAGUUAAAUGAAGCAUCUUUUUGUAAUGCAAUGCCAAAUUCAUUCACUUUAGCAGUUUAUUUACUGUAGGAGAUAAAUUGAAUGCUGUUCUUUUUCUCUUUUUUUUUCUUUUUUUUUUUUUUUUUAAACCCUGCGAUAGCUGGUACUCUGGUUUGUAAGCACCACUCUGUGGAGGAGUGAAUGUGGAGAGAACUAUGGAACUGCAUUGUAUGUAAUGUACAUAGUGACUAAAGAUUGUAUUUUGUUCAGGUUUUCUUAAUAAAACAAUGCCAACUGUC